AUGGAUAUCGAUCUUGAUGUUUCGGCCCCAGAAUGGCUUGCUGCUCCAAAGCAAGCAUUCUUCUACCAGACCAUUGUGAACGCUUUGCAAAGCUCAAGACUGUCGGACUCACAGGCAAAGUCCCGCGCCAUCGAAAACAGCACGAUCUACCUCUGCACCUCAGUAGGAUCCCGAAAGGAGUCCCAAGACGUUAUGUGGCGAUUCUCGAUGGUGGUGGUUGCCAUCAUUUGGCAAAUUCCCCAUGACCAUGUUUACCAAGACAUCCUGACCGACGCUGUGAUCAGCUUAUGCAAGCGGACGGAGCCCAACGAGAAGUUUGGCAAAGGUGACACAUUCUGGGACGACUGGGAGAGUUUGCCAGAAUUGUUGAUGUUCAUUACAGAUGUGCGGCAAGACCCGAUCGCUUGCUUUGGGGAACAGGCUCCCCGAGAAAAAAUCACAAACUUUCAAAGACUUACUUCGUUCACUGCGAGGCUGACAGGUGCCGGCUACACGAAGUGGAUGAAUUGGCCAGGAAACGAGCUCAGCCACGCCCUUGGGGCAACUCGUGAGAAGGGCAUGGCGUUCGACUGCGGGCUCUGGAUUGCUACUGAGUGGCUUCUGCGCUCUGCGGAUGCUAUAUACAUUGCAUUAAAUGAGUGGGAGGGAGGCUUGGAAGUUCAGGAUACCUGGAAAAUAUUAAGGCCGAUUGGCUCGGCUUUGCAGAAAUGGCAGGCCUGGAGACAGCGGCUGGUGGAACUCAAAGAGAAUUGGGGUGAAUGGGAGUUCAAGGAAACCACACUGGAACGCAUAAAACAGGCCAUACAGGAGAUGGAGACUGUAGAACAGCGUCAUGCAAAGAUCGGGGAGGAGCAGAACGCAGACAAGUGUGCUGAUAGUGCUAUGAAGGUUGGCAAGUAA